UAUAGCACACUUACCUUCCUCUAUGAUUCUAAAUACACAAAUAACCACAAACAUGACCAAGCUCAUCCUUAUCCUCGUCCUAGAAGUCCUACUCCUCGCUACCGUUACUUCAGCCGAAGAUGCUGGAGAGUUCGCAAGAACCAUGAACAAAAAACAACUCAGCCUGCAGAAAAAGGAGAAACUCACCUAUCUCCGAUUCUAUUGGCACGAUUCUGUAAAGGGCCGAAAUCCUAGCGCCACCAGAAUCAAAGAGCCGGUCUCGAACUCCACCAUGUUUGGAUCGAUGACCAUGAUGGAUGACGCAUUAACAACGGAUGUGUCCAGGAAUUCAUCUGUAGUGGGCCAGGCUCAGGGGUUUUACGCUGGAGCGGCUCAAGGAGAGAUUAGCUAUUUGGUGGUGAUGAACUUUGCUUUCAAGACUGGAAAGUACAAUGGGAGUACGCUUGCGGUUUUUGGUCGGGACCCUGUGAUCUCAUCUAAGGUUAGAGAAAUGCCAAUUGUUGGAGGAAGUGGAAUCUUUCGGUUAGCUAGAGGCUAUGUAGAGGCUCGGACCAACUUGUCUGACGUCAAGGCCGGUAAGGCUAUUGUUCAGUACAGCUGUUACGUCUUGCACUACUGAUAUAAUUAAUUAUGUUUCUAAUGUUUAUGUUGUUUCAUCACUUAUGUAACCUUUGCAUUUAACGAGACGAGUGUUGUUAUUUGGUUUUAUUUCAAUUCCUUUUGUGUGCUUUGUUGUGAUUGUUGUGGUGUGUAAUCGUCUUUUCCGUUUUUAUAAACUUAAUAUUUAGUAA